GUUUUGCACACUUCUUCUCUAUAUAGCCUGAUCCACUCUUCAGGAUGCUUGUUCUCCAAUCAGGAUGCACUCUCCGCAGAGUCGGGCUUUUGCAUGCGACAUCCUCCGCCCCGUCUCGGUUUUUGAUCCGUGCUCAUUACGGCCAGCUGCCCGUCGUCACUGCGAUCCCAGCUUCCCGGACAAAGCACACCGCAGCCCCUCCUCCUCCACCACCUUCAUCUUCUGAACCGGAACUUAUUUCCCCGCAUCACACCGAUAGCCAGCUCAAAAUCUAUGAGGGUCCCUUUUCACAAACUGCCAAGAGAUUGAAGCUGUUUUCGGUCUCUUCGCUUGCGGCGACUAUUGCUUUGUGUCCGUUCAUCUUCAUUCUCGAUGCGGGCAUAUCUAAUGGAAUGCGUGGAGGACUUGCAGUCGCUGCUGUUGCAACCAGCGGAUCAUCAACAGCGCUUGUUCAAUGGUGCCUAGGCUCCUAUGUCCGUAGGAUCACCAUUCCCAACCCCAUCUCGACCCCGCCAUCAAACUCCACCUCCACGGACUCGACCGCCUCAGAACCCCCUAACGCUGUUAUUAUUACUCGCUCAACGCCUGUCUCCUUCGAGACCCUUUCCUUCUGGGGCAGCAAGCGAAUCACGACCGUCAAGGUGUCGGAUCUGGAACCGAGUUCUGCACCGUUCUCGACGAUCCGUAUCCGUGCUGGUCAAAGGUCUGUUGUGCGCGAUGGACGGGGCAGGAUCCUCUCGGACGGGAACCAAUUAAAGAAGCGGCUGUAUCUGCACUCGGAGUUGACGGAGGAGGAGCCCCUUAGGACGAUCAUGGCCGAGGUCCAGCAGAACCAGAAUCUGUCGACGACGGCGACAACAGGGGCUAGAUCGACUCUGAAACCGGCGCAAGUAGAAAACGAGGCGGGGAGUGUACAGCCAAAGGCACCGGUGACGGAGGGCAUGUCGGAUCGGAUUGAGCAAUUGAAGCGCAAGGCGUCCGAGAGCGCCAAGAAGGAGCAUCAUUAGACGGAGCAAAUCAUCUUCAUAAAACAACAGACAUUCUUACAGGACAAAGGGGAUCGGCACA